AUGCCCCCGCGUCGCCCAAGUCGGGCGGCUCAGGCGGUCGCCCCGCUCCUCAUCUCCAGGCCCCCGCGCCGUCGACCUCGACCUCACCGCCACCGGAGCUGCUGGCCGAGUGCCCGGAGGGCAGCAAGGAGGGUGGCGGCGGGGCCAUCCCGCCCUCAAGUCUGCGCUGCGCCAUGGUUGCUCGCCGCGGCGCGGACGCGAGUUCGAGUUGCUCUGGUUGGUGGCUUCCGUCGGUGGCUCCUACAGCUCGGCCACGAACGCAGGGUCAUGCUGCUGUGCUCCCAUGGCGGUGUGGUGGCCGGAUCUGUGCGAGGGCUGCGAGAUCCAAGUGCUAGCAGCCGGAUCCACAGGCCUGGCAGCCGGUGCUCGGGUGCCCGGCGACGGUGGCCCAGGGAUGGUGGAUCUGGUGUGCUGGUGGACGGAUCCGGUAUCCCCAGGGCCGGAUCCGUGCGGGCUGCUCUCCAUCUGGUGGUGGCGUGGGAGGUCCCAGCGGUCACGCAGCCAGGCUUGUCUACGACUCGGCAGGGCGCUGGUUCCGGGCCUCCAGCUGUUGGAGCCGGUGCUCUUGGCUGGAUCCGUGCGGUGAGGCAGCUGCUCCCGGUGGCGGCAGCUUCAGUGGCUGAGGAGUGUCGGCCAUGGCGAGCAGGGGCGGCCCCUGCGGCAGUAGCUCCUAGGUCGUGGUCGGCAGCGACGAGGCGACGGCAGCUCCUAGUGGCUGUGCGGCAUGGCAGAGUGGGCGGCGUGGGGCCAGCGGAGGUUGCUGGAGGUCUUGCGCGGCGUGGUUGA